AUUACUCUAUUCAUUUAGUAUUCAUCAGAGAGAAGACUUCUCUCUGUAUUCAUCAUACUUUUAUAUGUUAGAUAGCUCUUAGUAAUGAUAUAACUCAGUUUGUCAGAAAUAUUACUGCAAAAUGGAUAAGUUAAGUACAGCAGAAUUUUUAACUAUAAGAUCAGUGAAGCGAAAAUUUAUGCAAUGGGCUUGGAAAUGGUUUUAUGCAAAUACACCAGAACCAAAAGGGGAGAAACCUGAUGUAAUAUCUCUAAUAUGUCUUCUACAAGUUAUUGGUUUCCAACUUCUUGAAUUUGAAAAAUCUACAAAUGAUGAUGAUAAAAAUAUCGAAACGAAAGAAAAUGAUGUUACUGUGACUAUUAAAUGUGGAAAAUCAAAAAUGAAAGCUGUUUUAGAGUUAAAUAAAGUGAAAUGUCAAUGUCCAAAUGAUCGAGAAACUGUUGAUGCUUCAUUUUGGAGUGUUAGUGGUGUUGGAAGCAUUAAUAACAUUAAUAAAUUGAUAGAAACUGGAAGUAAUUUAGUGCCAAAAAUAGAUAAAGAUAUAUCAAAUAUGAUGCACGAUGUUAUUAGCCAUGUUUUAAAUACGAUAAAUCCAAAAGUAGUGGUUGAUGAUGUAGAUAUUACUUUAAAUACUAUAAGCACUGAAGAAAAUUGCAAACCUAAUCUUUGCGAUGAUGCGGCUCAAACUAAUAAUGAGUCUCCAUUGACUCGUUGUUAUACACAACCUGAAAUUGUUUGUCAUCGACGUCAGGAAGAAAAGCAUGAUUCUUCACUGUCAAAUUCGAGCCAACUAUCAACUUCAGAAAGACGAAUGUCUAUAAGCAUUCAGAAUUUAUCUCAAGCAACUAUUUCAGAUGUAAAAAGUUGUCAAAAAGAAAGAACUCCAAUUUUGCUGCGUGAAAAAACCUGGGAUAAAAGUUGUGACAGUGAACCUAGACCAUCGCCUCCUAAAUCAAGUACUCCUUCACAAUUGAAUGAUUUAUGUUCCUCUUUAGGAGAAGUGUCUUUACGAAGCGAUGAUCUUGGAAUGAACUCACUAGCAGAAUGUCUUCAAAGAGCUAAAUUUUAUAUUGAAAAAGCUCAAAAAUUACAACAGAAAACUAUAGAUGAUGAUGUAUUUUUGAAGCCUUCGACUCCUUUAUGGGGCAAUAGUCCUCGAAAGACAGACAGAAGUCCGGUAAGACCACCAGGAUCAAGGUGUACAAGUCCGUCUUUAUCAGUGAAAUCACUCCCUCAGAAGCCAUUGAUUAGAAGAAGUAUUGGAGGAUCUAUUCCUAAACCUUCAGUGAACCAAUCGACAAAAUUGUCUCCAACAAAUAAAUUAAUGUUAAGGGGUAGAAGUCUUGGUGGUGCUUCUCCAGCUGUUAAAAAAGCUGUAGAUAAUGCUCAGAAGAAAGUCAUAGCCACCAAACUCGAACCCUUACAAACGGUAAAAAAAAUGCUUUCCAAUUCUACAUCAUUAAAUACUAGAUCUUCUCUUUCAACUUCAUCAACAACUUCUAAUAAUAGUGAUGUAAAAACAUCCAUCAAACGUUAUUCUACAAUUGGCACAAAUAUUAAAUCGCCAACAUUAUCCAGAAAAAAAAUUUCUACAGUUGAUUCCAAUGAAGCUUCACAAACGAGUUUUUCAGCAAAGAUCGUAAAACCACGUAUCGUAACAAGUGGUACUCCAAUAAAAAAAGAUCUUAAAUUAACCUCACCAACUAAACUUAGUCAUUCUAUUAAAAAAUAAUAUCAUCAACUAUUAUUUUUAUGAUUUCAUAAUAUUUUUAAGUAUAAAUAAUAUAGUAAAUGCUCAAUCAUUCUUUUCAAAUCUUAAUAAUAUUAGAAAUAGUUUUUUAAAAAAUAUAUUACAUAAUGGAAUAUUUUUAAUCAUUUAUCACAGCACAUAUUAAGCAA